AUUCAGUUUUCUAUUCAAAACAAAGAAGCAAAGCAUCUCCUUGUAGGCUCUUGCACACCAUCACAUUGUCUUUUGCUUUCCCUUAUUAUCAAAAAUAUAAUACUUGAGUGCAGAAUCAGAGAAGUAGUAGAAGUGACAAAAUGAGUUUUAUAACAGGAAGCCUUCAAAACACUUGGCAUCCAGCUAUGACUGCUAACACAACCGUAGCCAGUUACUGGCUAAACUGGAGGUUCUUCCUUUGUGCCAUUUGGGUUUUGAUCUCCAUGAUUCUUGCUUCAAUUCUUAUAUUGAAAAAUGAAAAAUUUUCCAAAGUGGAACAAGGUAGUGUAGAGAAUAAACAAGAAACAGAAGCUGAUUUAUAUGAUGAUGAGGCCUGGAGAACAUGCCUCAAAGGAAUCCACCCUGCCUGGUUGUUAGUUUUCAGAGUUUUUGCUUUCCUUUCUCUUGUGGUGCUGUUGAUUGUGAUUACUUUUGUGGAUGGAGGCAGCAUCUUUUACUUCUAUACUCAGUGGACAUUUACUUUGGUCACCAUUUACUUUGGGCUUGGAUCAUUACUCUCCAUUCGCGGAUGUUACCUAUAUCACAAAAGAGUAGGUGGGGAUAAGGUUGGUAAUGUAGAGGUUGAUUCAGAACUAGGAAACUCUGCUACUCCUCCACCUGUAGAAACUUCCAAUGCUUCUAAUGAACAAGUUGACAUGAGGCAACCUGCUGGGAAAUGGGUUUAUGUCUUUCAAAUAGUUUUCCAGAUGAAUGCAGGGGCUGUUAUGCUCACAGAUUGUGUAUUUUGGUUUGUACUUGUUCCAUUUCUAGCAAUCAAGGAUUACCAUCUAACUGCACUGGUUAUAAGUAUGCAUUCUUUGAAUGCUAUCUUCCUAAUUGGUGAUACAGCCUUAAAUUGCCUGCGAUUUCCUUGGUUUCGAAUCGCAUAUUUCUUCAUAUGGACAAUAGCAUAUGUCCUAUUCCAGUGGAUUAUCCAUGCUUUUCAGAGACUAUGGUGGCCAUAUCCAUUCCUUGACUUGUCAUCUCCAUAUGCCCCUUUAUGGUACUUCUCUGUGGCAGUGAUGCAUAUCCCAUGCUAUGGCAUUUUUGCUUUUAUUAUAAAGCUGAAACACACUCUACUCUCAAGAUGGUUCCCUGAGUCUUACCGAUGUCGGAAGUAACAGUAAACCAGUAUGAAAUUAUCAGUAGCAUAGGAAGUUGCAGAAAUAGAAUAGAGAAGAACAGAACAGAAUACCAGAGGUAAUAUAAGAGAUUAAAGACAUCCUUUGUCUUAACAAAGCUGAUAGAAGAUAAGAAAAAACAAAAUCAUUUCAUUAACCAAGUUUUGGAAGGUGCACAAUGGUCCAAGAGGAAAAGCAGCAAUCUUGAGCUGGUGUACCCAUUUGUUACAGUAGCAUAUAUGGUUGAAACUAAGUAAAGAUAACUAUUGUAAACAAUUCAAAAUAAAUAAAUUAUAAUUGGUCUCAGUUCAAUUUUA